CCCAGCAGCAGGAAAUGGGCAGGCGAUAACAACAAAGGAAUGCAUCCGAAAUGGCACGAGGGCAGCAGCUGAGGGAAGAGGAAAGGAAUAAGGCAAGGCCCGGAUUUUCCCCUGUAUCCAGUGGUUGCGGGUGACGAUUAUGGGGGACAUUUUUUGAGUGUGAAGCAAAAGUGUUUUUGAGAGAGAAAGAGGAAUGCUGGGCUGCUGUAGCUGCAGGUUCUGGCUGCUGUGUUGGCUCACUCUUGUGUGCACUGCUGCUUCUGCCAGACCCAUCAUCCCUGCCCAAGAUUGGAAUGAUCAGGCAGGGGAACUCACCAACCAGUUCCUAGGCCCCAUCCCAGGCUCCAUAAAAAUGCUGCCCCCAAGAGGGUUCCGCAGCGACCGCCUUCAGCACCAUACCCAGGUGCCAGUGUCCAAACUCAAGCAGCAACUCCUGGAACAACCAGAGGUCGCUCCUGCUCCAGAGUACCUCUUUAGGGACCUGAAUAACCGCAUUCAAGUGCAACAGGCUGCUCAAGAACAGCGUUUUCAACUUCUGAGUCAACUGCAGAUAUCAAGUGAGGACAGGGACAAGGCCCUGAGGGAACUUGAAGAGGCCCAAUUGGAGCUGAGAGAGAAGCAACAGAUUCUCAACUAUGUGGUCCAUCUGGCUGAGAAGCAUAAUUCCUUGGCUCCACACAAGGUCAAGGAGAUUGUGGACAUCCAAAGAGAGCUGGUGACAAUCCUCAGGUACCUCUAUGAAAGAAAAAGGAUCAGGGAUGAGCUGGAAUCCCUCAACAAACGCAUACCAGUCCUGGAGAAAGGCACCAAGGACUUGGAGCACACCAAGCAGUUGACCGUGCAAACCUUCCAAGCAGAACAAGACCACUACAGAAGACAACUAGCAGAGACUGGUGGAUGGCAAAAUGCCCAGUCUGUGGUACAAGCUGAAGAAGAGAAACAAAUCCUUUUGAUGAACACCCUCAGGAAGCUAGACAGUGAAAAGUCCAUCCUGGACAAGGAACUGGCCUAUUUGAGGCACCAGUUCAGGGAACUGACAGAAAAGAAGAGAAACUUGGCCUACAAGACCCAGCUGAUGGCCACAGCCCAUGAACAACAGGAAGCUUGUGAAACAGACCAAAUGUUGCCACCUGCCACUAAUCAACAGACUUCCUGGUUAGACCAGAGGGCGCUGCUGCAGGAUCCCAGAUUGAUGACUCAGCAAAACAUGGACCAGUUCAUCAGACCCUUUGUCAAUGACAUCCUGAGUCAGAGCAGCUUCCUCAACAGCAACACCCCAGGGGACCCUGGGUUCUUCACCACUACCAGACAGAAAAGACAAGAUCAGCUACAGCUACAAGAAGUGAUCAUGACAUCCCCAGCUGAGGACUCCUCCAGGACCCCUGCUUACUUGGUGCACUUGGAGAAGCAGCACAGGGGAAAACUGCUGGAGAUUCUCCUGGAGCAACUCAGAGAGGAGAUUGAGCUGAGACAGAAGCUGACUGAUGACUCACUGACCCCUGCAGAAGCUGCUGAGAUCCACAACCAGACCUACUUUCUGGACAAUGACAUCAAGUCCAUGGUGGAGAAGCUGGAGCACAGGUCCAUGACAGGGUCCCUGAGUCCUGGUGAAAUGUCAAAUUCUCAAAUCAAGCAACUGCUGCAGACAUCCAGGGCCCCUGUGAAGAAGCUGGAUGACCAUGCUCUGGACCUGGAGGACUACUCAGUGUACCAAAGACAUAGACCACCCAAAGUUGACAACAUGACUGACCUCAAGCCCAUGUACAACUCAAAACUGGCAUCCAUUUCAGAACCACUCCCUCCUGAGGAAAAGGCCAGAAGACACAACCAUCAGCAUCAUCAUCAUUCAGCCAAGAUUCAGUCUGGAAUGUACCCUGAACAGGCUGUGGCACUUUUGAAAUCCCCUGCAUUUCAAAAACAGCUGCUGAAUGAAGUUGCCCAGCAGAUUGACCUCAAGAGGUGCAAGCAAAAGGGGGCUGUAUCCUUGGAAGACAGUAUAGUUGCUUUGGAAAUCAAGAGCAUGUUGCAGUCCAGAACCACACCUUCAUCUGUAUUUCUUACUAGGGUACCAAGGCGCCAGGUGCGCCCUCUGGUGCCCAACAGGUGGACUUCUAAACCAGCUUCUACUAUCCAGCAGGUGACCAAGCCUGCAGACCACCCAGCACUUGAGCAAGAACAAAUGAGGUUGCUUGAAGAACUGUGUCACCAGCAAAAGGUUUUGUUGGACCUGUUGACCUUUGCUGAUGCUGAAGCACAGAGGUCGCCUCCUGUAGAUGACUCCUUGCUUGAGGAGCUGGAGAAAAAGCAGGGCAACAUUCUGGGCAUGAUGCAUAGGCUGAAAGAGAUCACUGUGCAGAUGGGGGCCAGAGCUGUGCACUUGGUUAUUGCAGCCAACUCAGCCAAAAACCAAGAUUCACAUCAUGCAAGAGAACCCCUGUUGGCUUCUGACACCAAUAAAGGGCAUGAGCUAGUGCCCAGAUGGCAGCACAAGUCAGGCCACAUCCAGAAGCCCACCAACUACAAGAAGCUUCUGGACCUGACCUGGGAAAGGAGGCAAAAGGUCAAACAGUUCCUGGAGCAAAAAAGGAGUGGUCUGGUGGCACAUGAUCUGAAAGCAAAGCUGAGGCGAAUUGGAAUGAGGCGGCCAUCUUUGGGAAGGCAAAGGCAGCCAGAGGUGAUCCAGAGCCUCUAUGAGACCUCAGGGAACCCUUUCAACAAUCCCCCAAGUGUUGUACACAAGGAGGUACCACAUGUACUGUUCCCUGGACCCAGGCCAAACAAGCAAACUCAGCCACAAAUCCUCAACAUGCCUCCUGCAAGGAAAGGAGACCUUAUUCAUGAGUCCCUCCAGGAAAGCUCAAGGUUGGUGAAUGCAAUCCUUGCUGAUGACAUCCCAGUGCUGAGGGAGGAGCUGCACAAACUGGAGUCCAGCAAAACCCCAGAAAUAGGUCCAUAUUCUCAGCUCAAUAUACACAAUUCAAGAUCUGAGAUUGAAGAUAAUGUGAUGAUGAAGGAACUGAAGAAGAACCUUUCAGAUCAUAUGAAGGUGACCAUGGACAAGUACAGUGGACAAGGAAAGUUGAGUGACACAACUGAGAAGGAGAUCUCAAUUGAUGGGAUCCUGGAGGUGAAGGAAAUGGCUUCUCAAGAAUCAGGCUCUACCAGCAACACAGAGCCCACCACUAAGAGUCUUCAGCAGGAAGACACCAAUCAAUCCAUGGACAACAAGUUGAAUCUCUCACCUGUCAAACAUGUCACUCAUGCCAUUGCUGAAGGAAGAUUCAGGGCACCUCCUCUCCAAAACCGUCAGUUGGUAUUUGGGCAUCAGCAGCAAAGCAGACCAAGGUACCAAACCAUGAUACCUCAAGAAGACAAUCUCAACACUGUGCACCCAGUGCUCAAUAAUCAGCAGAGGUCCACUACUCCAAGUGAUGCACAGCUGACCACAGUUUCACUGGCUGAACUGAAGAUCAUUUUAGCCAGGAAAAGACUUGCUGCUGCAGAAGCUGCUGAAGCCAGAGAGCACCUGAAAGCUGUUGAAGCUGCUGCAGCCUACAAAAAGUACAACUCUAUUCACACCACCAGGGCUCCAGAAGUGAGCAGCAAAGCACAGUCAAAGUCAUCUGGAAAGCGGUCAGUGGGAUUCUGGCAAGUGUCAGAGCAUGAUGAUGACCUCCAGUUAGCCAAAGCUGCCAAAAUUGAUGAGCUGAGCAGAAUAUCCUCACCAACCCAGGAUUUUGGGAAGGAUAAAAUCUGGAGGAAGGCUGCAAGGAAGAUUCUGCUGGACACCCUGAUACCAACAAUGUCUGAACUGGACAUGUUCCUUCCUUCCACCACCAACCAACAACCCACACAGAAGGGAGAUGGAACCCAGGCACCACAAUCAUACAUGGAAGGUCGCCCAAGGAGGCAAAUAAUAUCUUUCCUGCCACCUGGGGUCCUGGGGUCACAUGACUUCUUUCACCCAAUCAUCAGCCCCAAAGUUGACCCCACUUUCAACCUGCCCCUCAUACAGCCACCUUUCCAGAGAAUUGCUCAGAAGGAAACUGAAGAUAUAAACCACAUUGAAUUUGAGGUUCAGGAGCUUGAGAGGCUAGUGAAGAAAAACCAAGAGAAGCUCACACACUUUUCUGAAAGCCAACCAAAUCCAGAUACUGAUGACUUUAUGGCAGAUAUGGUGAAACUGCUGCAUUUGAUAGAACUCAUGGCAGAUGCCAAUACUCAUCAAGGGCCUGAGAAUCCUGACUUGGACAAGGACCUUGAAUCCCCCACUUCAUUUGAGUGA